CAGAAAUGUACCUGACAUUUAGCAAGUGAGUCACAUGUGGAUUCAGUUACUGCUCUGACAGAUUCAACAAGUUCAUCCAGUGAAGGAUUCAUCAUUCUGAUUCAAACAGGUAACUCCUGAGUUUGUGAGUCUUUUUGAAAGAUUCAUUCGAAGAACCAGCUCCUUUCUGGAUCGAACUACACUUGUCACAUCACUUGUGUUUGCUUGCAUGCAGCCCACAAGGUAAACUCAACAGAAAGGUGUUUUUUCUUGCAAUUGUUUGUAAUAUUAACCUAUUCUUUUUUAUCUUAUUAGAUUGCAAACUCACAUGAGGUUUAUUUUACUGCGCACUGAAAGAUUCUACCUCCUCCUAAAAGAGGUGCAGGAAUCAGUUCUCUCAUGCAUUUAGUUAUUUAAUAUUUAUCCAGUUCACAAUAGAAGUGUAAAAUAAGUAAGGUUGUAUCGACUGAUAAUUAAGUUCAAAGUAUUUUCACCCCCCAGUAAACUAAAGCCAAGUACAGGGGAGCAAAACAUGUUGUUUAAGUUGGAUUCUGUUCAGGAAUGGCAAAAUGAGGACCCACAAUUUGCAGAUGUUUGAAAAGUUAUCUGUCUGGGUGUGUGCAGUGUAUGCUUAACUCUGUGCUGGGUGUGUGUAGGGGGUUGGUCUAAAAUAUCUUGCCGCUUUGGCAUGUGUGGGGAAAGAUAUAUCAAAGGACGUCAGACUGGUAAGUUGCUAGUUAGCUACUAGCAAGGAGAAUUGUACUUUAAAGUCAAUUUAGCCACAUGGAUUAUUGGGUAAUACUGCAAACCUGCAAUCGGGCCUGGUUUCAUUUUGGCAUAGGUCUUCCAGUUUUCACAAUACAGUCAAAUUCGAAUUGGCAAAUGAAGGACAGGACUUAAUUUUGUCAAAAUGUCACUUUAGUAAACUUGAUUGUGAAUGAGCAUUCAUGUAAAUGCCCACGUCUUGAACUCAAUAGUUUAGUAGACCUUGUCCAUAUCAUAAAGCUUCCCUUUAUGGUGUAUUAUGGGGUUGUGGCAUAGGACAGAAGAAGGAUGACUCUUGACUGAGGCUCUCUUUAAAGGUACAAAAGUCCGGCACACCAGAUCGUGUUCCCUGGAUACCCAGCAUCUAUUUAUUAUCCUUCUCCCCUCUGUGACCUCCCCUUUAUUUUAAACCUCUGAUUCAUCUGCAAUUCAACCCCUAAAAACCGCAAAACACCUCUAAGUUUACAGCCUCUGAACCAUACCGAGAUUUUUCAGCGGUUUCUGUGCAAUGUAUUGAUGCUUUUAUUUUUGGAAUCCCACUGUAUGUUGUGAAGGACAUACAACAGCGGUUCUAAUUUAACUCACCUUGUAGAAUUGGUAGCAAGUUACCAACAAGUUGACAUCAAGAGGAGAACAUCUAUUAGUUGGUUAUAUUCAUCCUGUUCAAUGACAGCAGGAACCUGCCAAUUUAGAUUAGUCUGUCAUGUCACAGGCACUCGCUCUACAUGUUAGCGGAUGAAGGGACGCAGGGUGAGAAACUUCUAACAAAGAGUCCCAGCACCAUUGACAGGUUACAGAAGACCACUGAGGUCACUGAGGGCUAUUUGAUGUGACAUUUUUUUCACCUGGUCAGAUCAAAAUAGACCUUAGGGGCUGGUGUGAUGCAAUCACCAAGCAUGGCUGAAAGCUCCUGGGAUACUGGAUAGAAAUUGCAGCCAGCAAAUGGACGGUGGAAUGUGCUUUUCAGGUUAGUGCUUAGACAGACAUCGCUGGGGACAUGGACUAGAAAUGGAAAGGGUGGGGGUUGUUGCUUAAUAUCUAUAUCCUAGCAACUGAAGGGGUAUGAUACCAUGUCCAGGGAUUGGUCGGCAUAUUGGCAUUGACGCCGCCCCUUUGCUUGUGGACUGUAGAAAGAUUAAACCAAAAUUAAACCAUCCUCCACACUUGAUUCACUCCUGUGCACUUGACCUUCUAGCACUUUAAUCUCACUGUUUCUUUUUUGUUUGUUUUUCAUGUUUUUCAUUUAUUUAUAACUCCAGAUCUGCUGUAAUACAUGUGCUUGGGCCACCUGCCGCUAACCUUGACGACCUCAGUAAAGACAUCAGUCUGGCAGUAUGACCUCUCCUUAUGCAGCAGUACAGUUCUGCCCAGAGCGAGCCUUUCAACGAUUGAGAGAACCAGCAGCAGCCCGUCUCUCAUGGGCUGAAGGUUCUUUCCUGGCCUCCAUGUCACAGGGCCAGGGCUCUCAGGGUACAGAUAUCCUCGGACAAGACGUCCUCAACCAGCUGCUGGAGAUGCUGGACCAGUCUGCGCUACAUUCAAUGCAACCUAUCGAGUUCAACUUCUCUGAGGGCUCUGCAGUCGGAUCGGCAUCCAAUACAAUACAGAUUAGCAUGGACUGCAUCACGAUGCGUGGGCCUGAGGAGCCCCUUACACCUCAGUAUACAAGCCUGGGGCUUCUCAACAGCAUGGAUCAAAAUGGUGGCUCCACCUCCACCAGCCCCUACAACAACGAGCAUGCUCAGAACAAUGUAACGGCACCAUCACCCUACGCCCAGCCCAGUUCCACCUUCGAAGCCCUGUCUCCAUCACCUGCCAUCCCAUCCAACACAGACUAUGCUGGCCCACACACCUUUGAUGUGUCCUUUCAACAGUCCAGCACAGCCAAAUCAGCCACCUGGACGUACUCGACAGAACUGAAGAAGCUGUACUGUCAGAUCGCCAAAACGUGUCCCAUUCAAAUCAAGGUCCUUACCAACCCGCCUCAGGGUGCAGUCUUACGGGCCAUGCCUGUCUAUAAGAAAGCGGAGCAUGUUACCGAGGUGGUCAAACGAUGCCCGAACCAUGAACUGAGCAGAGAGUUCAAUGACGGCCAGAUAGCCCCGCCCAGUCACCUGAUUAGGGUUGAGGGGAACAGUCAUGCUCAAUAUGUGGAGGAUUCCAUUACUGGGCGUCAGAGUGUGCUGGUGCCUUAUGAGCCCCCUCAGGUGGGCACAGAGUUCACAACCGUCCUGUACAAUUUCAUGUGUAACUCCAGCUGUGUCGGUGGAAUGAACAGACGUCCUAUUCUCAUAAUCGUCACUUUGGAAACCAGAGAUGGUCAGGUUUUGGGCCGACGGUGUUUUGAGGCUCGUAUCUGUGCGUGCCCUGGACGUGACCGCAAAGCUGAUGAGGACAGCAUUCGUAAACAGCAUGUCAGCGAUGGCUCAAAGAGCAGUGAGGGUACGAAACGCCCUUUCCGUCAGACCCCUCACCUCUCUCAGCUAAACUCCAUCAAGAAGCGAAGAUCCACCGAUGAGGAAGUGUUUUGUCUGCCUAUUAAAGGCCGUGAAAUCUAUGAGAUUUUGGUGAAAAUCAAAGAGUCUUUGGAACUUAUGCAGUUCCUCCCUCAGCAGACUAUUGAGUCAUACAGACAGCAACAGCAGAACCUACUGCAGAAACACCUGUUAAGGGCCCGUUUGCGCUCUGAGCUUCUGGACCCAAUAGGUGAGCAGAAGAGGCGCUUCAGUGCUUCCUGAAAGUAGGAAUCACAUUCCUCCUCCCUCAGAGCAUCCCUCGCUCAUCUCUCUCCAUCUCUUCUUCAUCUCAUCCUCUACCCCUCAAAGGGGCUUCCUGUGCUUCUCCAAACUGUCACUCGUGGUAACUCCUAGACUUUUUCUAUGCCACAAAUGGUUUGAAGACAGGAUUUGAUUUCUACCCCCUGAACACCUCAUUUUAAAUAUGUGAGCUCUCAAGUGAAGCCGUUUUAGAUAUUUGUUUUUUUUUUAAGUUCAGUGCAUGAUUUUGUCCCUCCAAAGUGUAUUAUUUAUCAAUUGAAAUGAUCCAUUUGUGUAUUAAAUCUGCUAACAAUCACUUUACACUCAGAUCUAGCUGCAUUAGUAUUCUUGCCAAAGUGUCAAAAGUUUCUUAAAACAUUUCAGUGUGUCUAUACCUUUUUUUAAUGUUACUUAAAGAGCCCUUGUGACUGAGGCGGCUUGUUUCCUCAGCAUUUAUUAUGUUUGUUGGACUGAUAUGCUGGUAUUGCACAGAAACCCAUUGCACAUAAACAGUAUAGCAACUUCUCAGCUGACCACCUUAUUUCUCUCUUGCUCUCUUCUUUCCAUCUGUUUUUCUUCUUUCUAUCUCUCUAAACAAUCCUGAAUGUCGAAACUGACCAGGAACCAAGCACACAUCUUUUUUUAUGGGACUCGGGACUCAUAGUUUUUGCCUUUAUUAUUGGAGCUGGACUCAUUGAGUUGUCUAUAAAUAUGGGGGAUAGACUUUAUUGAUGACAGAAUUUUGAUAAUGCUGGUCAUGUUUUGUAAAGUGCACUGCUGGGCAGUAAAUUGUGUUUUGUUUGUGUCUUGAUUAUUUGUUCAUUUUCUUAAAGAUGUAUUAUCUGCUAUGUACAUGGCAGUUAAGAGAAAAGGAAAUGAAUGCUAUAGUGUUGACAGAUUCUUUUGUUGUUUCAUAUGAAAUGAAUGGUGGUUGUUUUCUCAAUGGCUCUUGCACUUUUUGUCAGUUACUACUAUUCAAUAAAUGACUUCUCUGCUUUUGUGUUCCUAUCCCUACUCUUCCGCUUUGUUCUCUUUUCUUCUCCUUUAUUUUCCGACUCUUCUUUUUAGUUGAAUUGUCAGGGGCUUUCAGUUAGAGCAUUUCAAAAUAUCAGUGAACUGAAACACCUAGUAUUUUUUAUUAUGUGUAAAUGUCGAUUUCCGAAUCAUUUAAAGAAGUAGUUCAUAACAGUCUGUCAUUUACUCAUGUCAUUCGAAACCUGUUUUUUUUUUUUUUAUGAAAUACGGGUUUGUUACAUGAUGGUAAGUAAAUAAUGGCCUUUUCUUUGUGCAUGUGAAAGAUAAUUUUUCUUUUGAUAUUUAUACUUAAAGUACUACACAAGUAAAUGGAUUUAUUUUCCUCUCAAUGUGCCUUUUAACCCAUGUGCAUGUUCAUUCCACUUUUAGAAUCACAGAAUAGCACAGAUAUGUUCUGUGUAGCUCUACAGUUUAGGACAUCCAUGAAGUGGAAAGCAUUUAUCAUUUUCUGUAAUAUCGAUAUGUAAGCCUAUGCAAAGGAACUUGGCUUCAGUAAUCAUCAGUGUAUCAUCGUCUGU